AUGAGAACCAGGGGCAAACACUCCCCCCAGUCGGAGGGCCGGCCUGAGAGGAUGGAGCCCGAGGACCCACGCAGGAGGGGCGCCACGUACCAAGGCAGCAGAAGCAGAGCAAGAAACCAAGGCGGCAGAAGCAAAGCAAGAAACCAAGGGGGCAGAAGCAAAGCAAGAAACCAAGGGGGCAGAAGCAAAGCAAGAAACCAAGGGGGCAGAAGCAGAGCAAGAAACCAAGGGGGCAGAAGCAAAGCAAGAAACCAAGGGGGCAGAAGCAGAGCAAGAAACCAAGGGGGCAGAAGCAAAGCAAGAAACCAAGGGGGCAGAAGCAGAGCAAGAAACCAAGGGGGCAGAAGCAAAGCAAGAAACCAAGGGGGCAGAAGCAAAGCAAGAAACCAAGGGGGCAGAAGCAAAGCAAGAAACCAAGGGGGCAGAAGCAAAGCAAGAAACCAAGGGGGCAGAAGCAAAGCAAGAAACCAAGGGGGCAGAAGCAAAGCAAGAAACCAAGGGGGCAGAAGCAGAGCAAGAAACCAAGGGGGCAGAAGCAAAGCAAGAAACCAAGGGGGCAGAAGCAAAGCAAGAAACCAAGGGGGCAGAAGCAAAGCAAGAAACCAAGGGGCAGAAGCAAAGCAAGAAACCAAGGGGGCAGAAGCAAAGCAAGAAACCAAGGGGGUAGAAGCAAAGCAAGAAACCAAGGGGGCAGAAGCAAAGCAAGAAACCAAGGGGGCAGAAGCAAAGCAAGAAACCAAGGGGGCAGAAGCAGAGCAAGAAACCAAGGGGGCAGAAGCAAAGCAAGAAACCAAGGGGGCAGAAGCAAAGCAAGAAACCAAGGGGGCAGAAGCAGAGCAAGAAACCAAGGGGGCAGAAGCAGAGCAAGAAACCAAGGGGGCAGAAGCAAAGCAAGAAACCAAGGGGGCAGAAGCAAAGCAAGAAACCAAGGGGGCAGAAGCAAAGCAAGAAACCAAGGGGGCAGAAGCAAAGCAAGAAACCAAGGGGGCAGAAGCAAAGCAAGAAACCAAGGGGGCAGAAGCAAAGCAAGAAACCAAGGGGGCAGAAGCAAAGCAAGAAACCAAGGGGGCAGAAGCAGAAGCAGCGCAAAAAACCAAGGCAGCAGAAGCAAAGCAAGAAACCAAGGGGGCAAAAGCAAAGCAAGAAACCAAGGGGGCAGCAAGAGAGGAACAUGAUAACAACCCAGAAGACAUAAGUCUGUACAAGCAAUCUGGGUCGAUUAGGACCGGGGGAGAAAGCAGCCAUUUUUUUGUCUACCUCGUGUGUAUGUUUCUACUGGUGGCAGUGCUUUACAUCGCAUACCACAAGAAGCGCAAGAUUAUUGCCUUUGUCUUGGAAGGAAAGCGAUCCAGAUCCAAACGACCCAAAUACUCAGAUUACAAGAAGCUGGAACAACUUAUGUAAUUUGAAGAUGAGGACUAGAGCAGCUGAUUACACAGUGCUCAAUACCUUUUGCUGUAAACUAUCAUUUUAACCUUGGGCUUUGCUCUGUUUUGUACCUUUUUAGAUGCUUCUUGCAUGACUAUGCAGACGACACUGUUGCCUUAUUGGAAGAAAUGCAAUGGAGGUUAAAUAAGCAUGACGUUUGUGCACUUAUCAUGAUCCCACUCUUCAGGCAAUUAUGACCUGACUAUGGUCCUGACUCAGGAUAUUUCAGUAGCAGAUGAAAAUAUUUGGUGGUUGCACUGUUUAUCAGAAGAAGCCAUCUGAAUCACCGCACAGUGCUGGCUGCAAACAAUUUACAGAGGAUGUUUUAAAAAUCUAUUUGUAUCACGUGUGUCUGUGUUUGCGAUGCUGUUUGCCGGAUGAAUGUAAAACAGAGACCUUUGUUUUUGGAAUGGGAUGAUAGCACAGUAGGACCAGGGUGAGACAGUUGGUCUUGGUCUGACCAAGAAAAAAAAUGUUAGAAUGGUGUUUUGCUGCUGUCAAGGUGUUGGAAACACACAUCGAUGGAUAUUUCUUUGUUCAGACUGUAGAUCAUUGAAAACAGGCUGUUCAUUAUGUUGCUUUGCAAUGGAGCUGUGUGAAAUGUCAAGGCAUGUUGUAAGAGGAAACUGGUCAGAAGCUGCGUUGCUUCAUCUUCAAAUGUGUCAGGGGACAGGUUUACCACUAACUCGCAACAUUUCAUUCUUCCUUUAGAGUACAGCUGCGUUCCAUGCUCGGUGAUCGCUGGUGUUGUGCCAAAUGAUCAGUGAUUUUACUGUUACCCUUGUGCCUGUUUGCUAAAUAAUAACUUUCUUGUGUUUUUUUUUCCUUAAACUCAACAUUACAUACAAAUAAAACUGUUUUUUAUGUCAA